AUGGGAUGCGAUGGUGGAACAAUACCAAGACGUGAUGAACUCGUUCGUCAAAAGAAAAAACCUGAAGUUAAAGAUAAAAAUGCUGCUAAUAUGGCCAAAUGGCGUCAUUGUACAUUAAAAUAUGACACACUUAAACAACCUAUUGUUGCUGAUAGACAUGGUCUUUUAUAUAAUAAAGAAUCUAUACUGGAAUUUAUACUUGAUCGUAUGAGUUUUGAACAUGGACCAUCAUAUAUUAAAAAAUUAAAAGAUGUUAAAGAAUUAAAAUUAACAUUAAAUCCAUCAUUUAAAUUAAAUCAUAAUGAUUUGGGAAAUGAAUAUUUAGAUGUAUAUUCAUCACCAUAUAUAUGUCCAUUAACUGGUUUAGAAAUGAAUGGUACAUAUAAAUUUUGUGUUAUAUGGACAUGUGGUUGUGUUUUAUCUGAUCGUGCACUUCGAUCAGUUAAUAAUAGUAAUAAUACAGAUGACAAACUUACUUGUCCACAGUGUGGAAAAGAAUAUUUAUCAAACGAUGAUGUUGUUAUUCUUAAUCCCGAAAAUGAAGAUCUUAUUGUAAUGGAACAAAGACGAGAAAGAUUAACUGCAAAUCAGAAAAAGAAUGGAUCAAAUAAACGAAAAUCACCUGAAUCAGAAGAACAAACAAACGAAAAAAAGAUUAAAACUGAAUCAACAACAGAUGCUGCUUCUUCAACAUCUACAUCAACAGUUCCCAAACCGAAGAUUUCGAAAAUCGUUUCAACAGCAACAGCAACAACAACAAAAUCUACGAAUGGUAAAACUUCAAUUCAACUAGAUCCAACUACAACAGAUUUAUAUAAAAAUUUAUUCACGACAAGUGAUGCUGCGAAAAAGAAAGAAAAAAAUAAAGCUCAUUGGGUAACUUAUAACCCACUUUAUUUUUAA